AUGAAGUUGGAGCUGUUGCUAGCAGCAAAGAAUUACACUUGGAAGCUAAAACACCAGUCAUCUAAAGUGAAGGAUAAUGGAGGAAAAUGGGAGUACAAGAAGAAGCUCAUUAAGAAAGUUGUAAGGAGGAGUUUGCUACCCUUGGUCACUUGGCAUGUCUGGCCGAUUUGUCAAUCAGAUAUCAAGAAUGAUUGUUUUGAUUUGGGGCUAAGUGACAAAGGAGACAAGCAUGAUGUUCGGGAUAAUACGGAAGAAAAUGAGGUGAGAAACCAGAGAAAACCAGUAGAGCUUGCUCAGUACUACCUAGAUGGAGCUGACGAGGGUCAGAUUUAUGAACAUCACUGGCUUCAGUGA